UUAAUUAAAUGUGAAAGGAGAAAAAUUACGUAAAAAUUAAAGACCACAGACCAGAAAAAAUUUUUAUUUUUAUGCCCCUCUCUAGAAAAAUAUUCUAGAAAUUUUUUGAUGGACGUUGGAUGGAAUACUAAUGGAAUGCUCUCUAGAUGGAAUACAAAAAAAUGCUCUCACAAAGGAGAGGCUGUGGGGUGUCCGUGGGAUUUCAGAAUGAAAUUUGGUAGAUUUCACAAUUUUCGCUGCAAGGGAACGUGGACACCCCAGGGACACCCCACAGCCUCUUCUUUGUCAAGAUGGAAUACAGAGAGCAUUUCUUAUAAAUUUCUAGUUACGGGUUGGUGAUUCCGCUCUCUCCCGUUUCCCGUCUCAUAUUUUUUGAAAUUGGAGACCCUCUUCUAUAACCCUUUGAAAAGGCAAAUAGGCAGUUAUAUCCCUUCUAAAAGCCUUCCAAGGCCUUCUAAAAGCUGUAGAGCUUGUUAAAAUGUAAAGGCAGUAUCUUCUGUUUU